AUGCCUUCCAAACGAAAGCAGUCUCUCCACAAGCAGGCUAUCAUCGAGACAGAUGCGUUCCGCGAGGCGCAGAAGAAGGGGGCCGAGCAGAAGGAGGCAAUGAAGGCCACGGAGUCUAUCACAUUGCCAUCCGUGCCUGAUGCAAGCAACCCGCGCAAUUCGUCGGUGCACAAGUCGCAACCGCGCAAAGUCGUCGUGCCCAACGCCCUUCUCCAAGUUGUCAACCCGAAUGUGCGAAAGCUGCCAGACGCGGCUUGUGAAAAGGGCGUCGUCAUCAUCGAUGGCAACAGUUUCCAGAAGUCUCUCGCGCGCAAGAAGAAGGCCCAUCGUGUGCCCCUUCGAGAUACCGCAACUAAGGCCGAGAAGAAGCUGGCGCCAGUCGACGCGACCCAGGUCCCAGAAUCACACUUCACUUCCACAAGCGAGCAGACGGUUGACGACGGCACCUUCGAGGCGCUCCACAGUAUCAUCAAACUCCCUUCCGGGGAUCUCGACUUACACGAGCUGGUGUCUCCGCAAUCCCUUACCAGCUCUGAGUUGAGGUUGCAGUCUUUGGACAGGUUUAGCGGGGACUUUGCGUUCGCUGAGCCGCAGUAUACCCCUUUAUCGAAGCUGGACUGGAAGAUGCCAGGUUUGUUCAACAUGCCGCCGAGUGCAGGCCCUAUUGUCAAGCCGAUACCUAUCCUGAGUUCCACGACGGAUUCAACUUCAACGUUUGCAUUUGAGGCGCCUAGGAUUGCCCCUGAGCCUGCAUCCCUUGCGCCAGUCGUCUCUGAUGUGCCCCCAGGCCCUGAAGAGCGGACUCGCUUCGACCUUGCAAUGGCAUUCUGGACUUCAGUCUCUCAUACCAAGACUCUAGGUGGAGAAGAAUCGGUCUUCACGGGUGCUGGGACCGAGAUCUUCGAGAAUGAUGCGGAAGACGGAAAUGAAGCAUCCAUCGACUCAGCGGUAGUCCGAAGCGUUGAUGUCGAGGAACUGCAGACAAACUACCCCAAUGUCUACGCCACAGCCCUUGAUCGAUCGACGGACGCACUCACUCUAAAGCUUGUUGCGUUUGGUCAGGCGACUGGAAUCACGGCUUCCAACGCUGACUCACAGCGCAGCUGUACUGCAGCGGUUGCCAUACUCGACGGUCUCCACAUUUCUAUACAGGACAUUGACCUCGUCGCGGAACUCGAAAUCACAUGUAAGGAUGCCAUUGGUGAUGGCGAGGAAGAGACCGAGACUGCCGAAGACGAGACCGUGGGUACACCUUUAUCUGAGCACGGUCAGGUUUCCUCGGUCAGCACGUCCGAGCCACUGUACUAUGGCGAGGCGCGAGACGAGCAAGACUCGGACUUUGAGUUUGCAGCGUCACCUGUCAAGGAUCAAGUCCUCUUACUCGAAGGCAGCGAUGACACCACGGCUGUCUGUCCAGAAGAUCCUGACUCGAAUAAAGAGGCAGACUCAAGCCAGCAGGCAGGUCCAGUCGUUCACGUUCGAGACGUGGCUGACACCUCGCCCUUGGUGGCGUCAGUGAAAGCUAAUGACCACCCGCCUCCUCUGCGCACAUCUCAGCAGUGGCUUACCUUGACUGCACCGCCGACGACGACACCGCAAUCUGGUAUUAAGAGGUCCGCAGUAACUCCCGGUCGUCAGGAAUGGCUUACUCUCACACCUUCUUUCGUCGAGCUUCCUUUGGAGAUGACUGACCACUCGUCCUACGUUGGUCAGUCUCCGAGCCUCGGCCGUGACACUGCUGAUAAGGUGACGAAGCCUGAAACGCCAGAAAUCAUCUCGUUCGAGUCUGCUUCCAGCAACGAAUCAUCCGCAGAGGGCGCUUCGACUGCAGAUGGUGAGCCCACCGCACCUGGAGCAUCGCCAGACUGGACCGCUGAGCUUGUUUGCGCCAUGCUCGGCACCGAGUCUCUCUUUGACUUCAUGUCGAUCCUGGGUGUCAGCGAGGAUGGCUCCACAAGCAAGAGCGCGCUAGUCACUGCCUUUCUGAUCCUUGUCAGGGCCGAGCGGCGGAAGCUCGACCUACCAGCUCCACCGCCAUCGUGCACUGCCACCUCCGUCCUCACUAGCAAGAUCCUGCCGUACACCACGGUACUAGGCACCACCUAG